GACAACAGGUCCGGAAGACGGCGGUGAAGCAGUCGGCGCCUAGCCGCGUACCACCGGCCACUGUGAAGAUUCGGAAGAAGGUGAAUUGGCUAAAUCGCGAAGGUUACUUUGGUAAGCAGUUCGUGGAUGAGGACGCUCUCGAGAUGUUGGGCACACUGCCAGAGGACCGGGCGAUGUCGGUCCUCGAGAACCUCGAGGAAAAGGCCGAAUAUGGGGAGAUUUGGAAUCCGAACUCGUAUGUGGUGAAGGCAGUGAUCCGCCAUAGCCAGCAGCUGAAUGCAGAGCCGCAGUGGAGCCCGAGCUCCCCCGCGCGCUCAGGUCCCCCCGCAGCUUUGCCCGUGCUGAAGAAGGUGAACUGGCUGAACCGAGAGGGCUUCUUCGGUGAGGCCGAGAUCGACGAAGACGCCGUCGAGAUGCUGGGUGGACUCCCCAUCGACCGGGCAAUGUCAAUCCUCGAGAACAUUGAGGGCAAAGCCGGCGCGGGCGAGAUUUGGAAUCCCAACUCCUACAUCGUGAAGGCCGUCGUUCGCCACUCGCAGAAUUUGAAGCAGGCGUCCGAGCCUUGGCCCGCCAAGGGCGGCAAGAAGGGUGGCGGGGCUGGUGCCUGGGCGGUAGCCGUGAAGCCGCAAAGUGGCGGAAAGCGCGGCAAAGGUUACGGCAAGUGA